CGUAUGUUUAAAUGACCCUUUGUUUACAUGUAAACCCCUAUAUUCCGAGGAAGGAGGCUGUCGUGUGAUUUCAACCAGCUGUUUCCCGCCGUGAAAGACAUCCGAUCAGCUGCAAAUGCGCGCACACACACAUACACACACACAGACAGGCGUACAUGCAGAUUGGGAGCGGGGGGAGGACGACACACACGGAGAGAGGGAACCCCCAUCAGCUGGAAGCACGGCAUUAUUGCAGCUCUGAGCUCACAGCCCAAUUGCAUGUGAUACGUGAAGGAAAACUACGAAUAUUUUUUAUUUGUUUUGGGGGGGAGGAAAUAAAACAAACACGGGGCGAAUAUAAUUUUGCACGCGGAGAGGAGGAAGAGGUAAAAAGGACGAAGUACCCGAAACUGGACAGAAAAGCAUGGAGUAUUUCAUGGUACCAGGUCAGAAGGUGUCCUUACAGCAUUUCAGGAAAACGGAAAAAGAAGUCAUUGGCGGUCUGUGCAGCCUGGCCAACAUCCCCCUGACCCCUGAGACGGCACGGGACCAGGAGCGUCGUAUCCGGCGGGAGAUCGCCAACAGCAACGAGCGGCGGCGCAUGCAGAGCAUCAACGCAGGCUUCCAGUCGCUGAAGACGCUCAUCCCACACAGCGACGGGGAGAAGCUCAGCAAGGCUGCCAUCCUGCAGCAGACAGCAGAGUACAUUUUCUGUCUGGAGCAGGAGAAAACCCGGCUACUACAGCAGAACAAUCAGCUCAAGCGCUUCAUCCAGGAUUUCAGCGGCUCGUCGCCGAAGCGGAGACGCGCCGAGGAGAAGGAUGAAGGGAUUGGGUCUCCGGAUAUCCUGGAGGAGGAGAAGGUGGAGGACCUGCGUCGGGAGAUGAUCGAGCUCCGGCAGCAGCUGGAUAAAGAGCGCUCGGUGCGCAUGAUGCUCGAGGAGCAGAUCCGCUCCCUGGACGCCCACCUGUACCCGGAGAAGCUGAAGGUGAUCGCUCAGCAGGUGCAGGAGCAGCACGUGCAGACGCAGAUGCUGCUUCGGCUACAGCAGCACCAACAGCAGGAGUCGCCCACGGGGGAGCCGUCUCCACACAGCCCUCAGGUGCUGGGCCCUCUCACCCCCCCGGCCCCCACCCACCACCCAACAGUGAUUGUUCCCGCUCCGGUGCCCCACCACGUUACCGUGGUUACCAUGACCCCCGCCUCCGUCAUCAACACAGUGUCCACGUCACGGCAGAACCUGGACACUAUUGUGCAGGCCAUCCAGCAUAUCGAAGGGACACAAGACAAGGCUGGCAGGGGGGAUGAGGAGCACCGGCGCGCCAUCAUCAUCACUGCAGGACGCGGCCCACCUGACACUGACAGCGAGGGUCCCGAGGACGAGGAAAGGGGGGGGGACAGUCCGCUGCCCUGAGCGUGAACCCAUGACCCCCCCGUGCCCUCAGUGUGCACGGGGGCGGGGGGUCUAAUACAAUCAGCAGACCUUAUCUCAUCCCUACACCAGGCCCAACUCGGUCAAACACAAUCCCAUGAUGCACUGCUGGAGACAGAGCCCCCACCCAAUGACGGGCUGGUGUCACUGUCAUGGACAACACUGCACCGGGGGCCCAGCUUGCCCCCAUCCCUGAAUCAUCUCCAUCUGCAUCUCUCUUAUCUUUUUUUUCCUCCUUCUUCUGGGGGGGGGGAGGCACAGCAGAAUGCUUGUAAAUUUUCUGCAUACUGCGCCACGUGUGUCAGUACAAACCCAUUCAAGCUCUCGAUUCACACCCCCACGUGUCAGACCAAAAAUGCCUGAAUCGCUGUGAUCAAAACGGAGAGUCUUUAGACUGCAAACAGAAGACUCGGGAUCAUCCUGGUGAUGUCACAACCCAAGGAAUGCCCCCCCACCCACACCCUCUGGAACACUUGGCAUCUGUUUGUAGGGCUUUGCUUGGACCCUGGGAUUGGUGCGGCGGCUGAGCUUCAUGAGGUCCCAGUGGAUAACCAGGGCGGCUGGCUUGUUUGUGGACAGUCGCUUGCUCUUGGUCUCCUGGCGAACCUCCACACAGCUAGAUGUUAGGGUUAGGGUUAGGUUUAGGGUUAGAGUUAGCAAGGCAACUUGUCGCAUUUAAGGUGGUCUGAGCGAAAUGUAAGUGAACGAAAAAAAAGCGCAUUCUGAGUGCGGCAUCUUAAAUCCAACAAGUUACAUAGCUGACCAACAAAUCUCGCAGUGUGACGGGGGGGGCUGUGGUGCACUUAACGUAAUGUACUGUGUUUUUCCUUAAAUUGUGCCCCUGACUACCUGCACAUACAUCCAUGCAUCUUAGCCUCCUCACUUUGUGUCACCGGUGACCAGUCGCUCCUGGACACUGCCUGGCUCGUCAUCUCCCUGUAUUUUUCUCCUGCAGAGGCCGCCUGGGGGUGUGGUCUGGCCCCUUGGCAUGUUUAUCUAUGCAUAGGUCCCCAGGAGCCGCCUGUCGGAAGCAUAGACCCCAAAUUGGUCGCUGCGGCGCCCCCCAGAGGUCAGUGAGUGACGCCUGUCAUUUCGGCGGCCGCGUCGGCGUGUCACUGAUCGCGGAUUUCGGAAGAACGUGCCCGUGGUGCGACGUGCGGCCAGAAUGCUGAACAGGCGCCAUGUGACCCCCCCGCCCCCGUCUCCGCCUCAUGGCUGCUCGGACGCCAUUUGAUGCCGACCGGUUUCAGUCGUAUUCACUCGUUUGCUCUUUUUCAGGAAGUCGGACGUGAGUUUAAAGCGCCUGUGAAGUCACGGUGUCCCGUGGUGACUCCCGUAGAGACUCCCGUAGAGACUCCCGUGGUGACUCCCGUAGAGACUCCCGUGGUGACUCCCGUAGAGACUCCCGUGGUGACUCCCGUAGAGACUCCCGUGGUGUCUCCCGUAGAGACUCCCGCGGUGACCUUGCUGUGGGCCUGAGGUCUCUGUUCUCCUAAACAUCCCCCCACGUGGCUUCACAGGGCCGCCAAAUUUAAAAUUAAUUGUACAUUUAUUGGCCAUUUUAAGUGGGAAGCCUCUCUCCAAACCCUCUCUCCAAACCCCCUCCCCUAAGCCCUGUCAGCCAUUACAUACUGUGCUGUACUUUUGUUUUCUCCUUGAGGUCAUUGAGCUGCUCUCGUGACAAAUACUAAAAUCGAUUUAAAUUAUGAAUUUUUUUUUUCUCCAUAAUUUUUUGUUUGAGUUUUGCGCUUCUCUGUGAUGUGAGCUCCGGUAGCCAGUAGGACGGGGGCUAUUUUGACCGAUUUUCCCCCUCCGCCGUCUACUGACUUUUGCCCAAAUAGUUAAUGGUCAUGGGGGUUAUGGGUAAUAAAUACAGUGGAAAUUGGGCAUCGUGAAAACAGAGAGCUGAAGCGCGGCUCUUUGGUCUGGUAUUAACCCAAAAGCCACUUCCUUGGGGAUGCGUUCUAAGAUGGGGGGCAGCUUUUUAAAAUUGUGCUUCUGGAAAUGUGUGCAAAUGACAUCAGAGUUCUGUUGUGGGAAACGGUUGCCAUGGGGAACAUUGACACUGAUGCACUUACUGUACUUUUUUUUUAACCUAUACGGAUCUCUGAUGAUGGUGAUGAUGAUGGUGGUGAUGAAGCUCUUUUUAAGCAAACGCGUUCCGCUCUGUCCGUCCAUCUCCCACGCAGACCCUUCCCACUUUGUUCUCGGUCUGUCUCUCGGCCCUGACUCUGGCUCUUUCCUUCUUACAUAUUGCAUUGGGUGACUUUGGUUUUAUUUUGUAUUUUUUUAUUUGUUUUAUUUUGACUUGUCGGUCCUUGUGGUCUUAAGAAGCUAUUAUAUUUUGUUUAAAAAAAUGGGAAAAAAAGAGGCUCAUGCCUUUGAUAAAGAGUAAUAAAAUUUGUACUUUGUUUUUUA